UCGGUGUGAGAAUGAAUCUCCUGAACCCAGCUCUGUGUCCAUGAAGAGUGACCGGUCAAUGAGUCGACCAAUUGAUUUCAGCUUGGCAGACUCAUCUGCUGAUCUGAGUCAAAAACAUGAAGGAUCAGAAUCAAAUUCAGUAAAGAAGAACUUGGACUCCAUUUUCAAGGAGCUUGAGCAGAAAAUCAUCUCUGUGAUGAAGAGUGAGUUAAAAAGCUUUAAGAGACUAUUGAGUCCAGAUUACCCAGAAUGCUCUGAAAGAGACCAUUAUGAUGAUGAGGGUCAUAACAGAGUCAGAGAGGGUGUUCUGAAGAUCACACUGCACAUCCUGACGAAGAUGAACCAGACAGACCUUGCUAACACACUACAGACCAAACUGAUGCCUGUGUAUCAACAAAAACUGAAAUCCAGACUACAGGAUAAAUAUCAGAGAAUCAAUGAAGGAAUGUCCAAUCAUGGAGACUCAACACAUCUGAAUGAGAUAUACACAGAGCUCUAUAUCACUGAGGGAGGGAGUGGAGAGGUCAGUAAUGAACAUGAGGUGAGACAGAUUGAGACAGUGUCCAGGAGACCAGAGACACAGGAGACACCAAUCAACUGCAAUGACAUAUUUAAACCCUCACCUGGACAAGACAAACCCAUCAGAACUGUGCUGACUAAAGGAGUCGCUGGAAUUGGAAAAACAGUCUCUGUGCAGAAGUUCAUUCUGGACUGGGCUGAAGGAAAAGCCAAUCAGGAUGUUCAUUUCAUAUUUCCACUUCCUUUCAGGGAGCUGAAUGUGAUACAGAAAAAUCUCAGUCUUGUGGAACUACUAAAUCACCUCCACCCAGAAUCCAAAGAAAUUAAAUCGGCAGAUUAUGAUGGCUACAAAGUCAUGUUCAUAUUUGAUGGUCUGGAUGAGUGUCGACUACGUCUAGAUUUCCAAAACAAUCUGAGCUUGUCUGAUGUAACAGAAUCAGCCUCAGUGGAUGUGCUGCUGACCAACCUCAUCAAGGGGAAUCUACUUCCUUCUGCUCUCCUCUGGAUCACCUCUCGACCAGCAGCAGCCAAUCAGAUCCCUCCUGAAUGUGUCGACCAGGUCACAGAGGUACGAGGAUUCAAAGACCCUCAGAAGGAUGAAUAUUUCAGGAAGAGAAUAAGUGAUCUGAGUCUGGCUGAUAGAAUCAUCACACACAUCCGAUCAUCGAGAAGUCUCUACAUCAUGUGUCACAUACCAGUCUUCUGCUGGAUUUCAGCCACUGUUCUAGAGAGGAUGAUGGGUAAAGCAGAGAGUGCAGAGAUUCCCAAGACUCUCACACAAAUGUUCAUACACUUCCUGAUAUUGCAGACUAAACUGAAGACUCAAAAGUAUGAUGGGAAUUAUGAAAUCAAUCCUCGUCAGGCUAGAAAGACUAUUCUGUCUCUCGGAAAACUGGCUUUUGAACAGCUGGAAAAAGGGAACCUGAUCUUCUAUGAGGAGGACCUGAAAGAGAGCGGCAUUGAUGUCAGAGAAGUGUCCGUGUACUCAGGAGUUUGUACCCAGAUCUUCAGAGAGGAGUUUGGACUGCAGCUGGUUAAGGUGUACAGCUUUGUUCAUCUGAGUGUUCAGGAGUUUCUUGCUGCUUUAUUCAAGCUUCUGUCCUCUUCUGAACAAAACAAAGGACUGUGGAAUAUGUUCAGGUCACGUGGUUCAGAUCAUAUGUUCAUGACCAGUUUACUGAAGGGAGAAGUGGACAAGGCCUUACAGAGUGAGAACGGACACUGGGAUCUUUUCCUCCGAUUCCUUCUAGGUCUCUCACUAGAGUCUAAUCAGACUCUCUUACAAGGUCUCCUGAGAAAGACAGUAAGCAGCUCUCAGUGCAACCAGGAAACAGCUGAAUACAUUAAACAGAAGAUCAGGGAGAAUUGCUCUCCAGAGAAAUCAAUCAACCUGUUUCACUGUCUGAAUGAACUGAAUGAUCGUUUACUAGAGCAGGAAGUACAAACAUACCUGAGCAGAGCAGGUGCCCGUCGUCUCUCUAGAGAACUGUCUCCUGCUCAGUGGUCGGCUCUGGUGUUUGUGCUUUUGAACUCAGAAGAAAAGCUGAAUGAGUUUAUACUGAGUAAAUAUGAUCCAUCAGAAGAAUGUGUCAUGAGGCUGCUGCCAGUGAUUAAAGCGUCUAGAAAGGCUGAUCUUUCCAACUGUCACAUUACACAGAAAGGCUGUGCUACUCUGAUUUCAGCUCUGAGAUCAAACCCCUCACACCUGACAGAACUGAAUCUGAGUGAUAAUAAACCAGGAGAUGCAGGAGUGAAGCUGCUCUCUGCUCUACUGCAGAAUCCACACUGUAAACUGCAGAAACUACAGUGA